AUGGGCCUUUUGACACUGCUGCAACGUGCCAGCUUGUCACACCUACUGGCAUUCGGAACGACAGCUUUUAUCGCGUAUUGGAUUUCGGUCUACAUAUACCGCGUCACUCUACAUCCGCUCGCGAAAUUUCCUGGCCCGGAACUUGCAGGCGCGACCUUCUGGUACGAGUUCUACUACGAUCUAUUUCCUCACAAGCUGCACCCGGAGUAUCUUGACGACAUCUACGCCAGCGGACGCCGCAAGCGCAAUCGUGAUGAGUGGUUUUUCCAUUCCUCCAAGACUAGUCCGAUGGGAUGGUCAUUGUUCAACACAGUCGAUCAUGAUGUCCACCGGGUGAGGCGCGCUGCGCUCAGCCCGUUCUUCAGCAAGCGAUCAAUCCAAGCUCUGGAAGGCCGCGUCGUGGAAAAAAUCGAUAUUUUGAUAGAUCGAAUUGCGGAAGCCCGCAAGACUGGAGAAAACGUGAACUUGCUCUUUGCCGCAGGUGCUCUGACUAUGGAUGUCAUCUCUGCUUAUGCAUUUGGAAAAGAUUGGAACAAGUUGGGUGAGCCCGACUGGGCCGAGGAGGAGCUUGAGGGCUAUGCCAAGAUGGCGCAGAUGGGACCUUUUGCUCGUCAAUUCCCAUGGGUAGCGAAAGCGGUCAUUAUGUUGCUUCCACCUAAGUUGGUGACGAAGCUCAGUCCAGCUGCUGCCCUUGUACCACGGAACAGAGCCCUGUUCAAGGACAUGAUACAGACUGCAGUCGAAGAGGAACAGAACGGUCAGCUUGACAAAUCUGCAUCCCGGUCUAUAUUCCAGGAUAUUCUUCAGAGCAACCUACCGCCCAGUGACAAAACCCCUGCUCGCCUUUCGGCGGAGGCGGGCUUGCUUGUCAUGGCGGGAACUGAAACGACGGCGAGAUCAUUAGCCGUGAUUCUGUUCCUGCUUCUUGACACCCCACAUGUCUUGGAUCGAGUGAGGAAGGAGCUGGCGCAGCAUAUGCCUCGGCCUGAUUCGCGCAUUUCACUUGCUGAGCUAGAAGCCAUUCCGUAUUUCUCUGCUAUGAUAACCGAAGGCGUGAGGCUGUCUCACGUUGUUUCGAGUCGUAUGCCGCGAUACGCCCCCGAGGAAGAGCUCAAAUACAAGGAUUGGACGAUUCCAGCUGGCACAAGUGUCAUGCAAUCACACUACCUCCUUCAUACUGAUCCCACAAUCUUCCCAGAACCAUAUACAUUCGAACCACAACGGUGGAUUGACAACCCUUCGUUAAGGGCAAACUACUUCUUGGGUUUCGGCCGGGGUACCAGAGUGUGUCUCGGUAUCAAUCUUGCUAACGCAGAGUUGUAUCUCACAGUCGCCUAUAUCUGUGCCCGCUUCGACAUGGAGCUAUUUGAGACUGAAAGGGGGCGUGAUGUAGAUGUGGUCAUGGAUUCUGUUAUUGGACAACCUAGUCUGGAGAGCAAGGGGAUCAGGGUCAAGAUCACAAGAGACAGACUCAAGGACGAGCAAGCUUAG